AUGACAUUCUUCUUCUUCUUCUUCUUCUUCUUCUUCUUCUUCUUCUUCUUCUUCUUCUUCUUCUAUGUCUUCUUUUUCUUCUUCUAUUUCUUCUUCUCUUUCUUCAUUUUCUCUUUCUUCUUUUUCUUCUUCUUCUAUUUCUUCUCCUCUUCUUCCUUUUUCUUCUAUUUUUCUUCUUUUUCUUCUUCUCUUACUUCUUCUUCUUCUUCUUCUUCUUCUUCUUCUUCUUUUUCUUCUUCUCGUUCUUCCUUCUUCUUCUCUUCCUUCUUUUUCUUUUUCUUCUUCUAUUUCUUGUUCCCUUCUUCUUCUUCUUCUUUGUUAUGGUCCAGGACCCAUGACAUUCUUCUCCUUCUUUUUAUCUUUCUUCUUCUAUGUCUUCUUCUUUCUCUUCUUCUAUUUCUUCAUUUUCUCGUUCUUCUUUUUCUUCUUCUUCUUCUAUUUCUUCUUCUCUUCUUGUUCUCCUAUUUUUCUUCCUUUUCUUCUUCUCUUACUUCUUCUUCUUCUUUUUCUUCUUCUCUUUCUUCCUUCUUCUUCUCUUCCUUCUUUUUCUUUUUCUUCUUCUAUUUCUUGUUCCCUUCUUCUUCUUCUUCUUCUUUGUUAUGGUACAGUUUUAAAUUAAUUGGACUUCCAGAGGUUAUUCUUCUACGGAUUCUUUCUUUUUUUUCUUUCUCUUUUAUUUUCCUUUUACUUUUUCUUAUAAGUUCUUUCUUUUCUUCUAGUUUUUACUAUUUCCGUUUUCAUUCUGAUCUUAUUUUUGCUUCUUCCUUCGAUUUUCUUGACGAUUUUCCGUGUUUUAUUACCAUUAUUUCUUUCAUUCUUUUAUUAGUCUUUCUCUCCCUCCCUUUCUUUUAUUAUUCUUUCUCUCCCUCUCUUUCUUUUAUUAUUCUUUCUUUCCCUCUCUUUCUUUUAUUAGUCUUUCUCUCCCUCUCUUUCUUUUAUUAUUCUUUCUCUCCCGCUCUUUCUUUUAUUAUUUUACUUUCUUUCACUGGCUUUCUUUCUUUCAUUCUUUUAUUAUUUUCUUUUUUCUUAUUUCUUAUAUUAUUAUUUGUAUUCCCAAUUUCGUUCUUUGUUUCUUUCUUUAUUUUAUUAUUGCAAGCUGUUCAAAUUUCUUUCUUUUUUUCUUUUUUCAAGCUGUUCAUCUAUUUUUCUUUCUUUGAAACUGUCCAACUUUCUUUCUUUCUAGCAGUUCUCUGUCUUUCUUUCGUUGUUUCUUUUUUGAGCUACUUGUUCACCUUUCUUCCUUUCUUUGAAGUAGUUCACCUUUAUAUCCUGUUCCCCUUUCUUUCUUUUUUCUUUCGUUCUUUCUUUCCUUCUUUCUUUCUUUCAAUUUCUGUACCCCUGCCUUUCUUUCUUUCUUUCUUUCUUUCUUUCUUUCUUUCUUUCUUUCUUUCAAUUUGUUCAGCUUUUAUGUUUUUCUUUCUUUCAUUCUUUCUUUUUUCUAGCUGUUCACCUUUCUUUCUUUUUUCUUUCUUCCUUUCAACUGUCCCCCUUUCUUUCUUUCUUUCUUUCUUUCUUUCUUUCUUUCUUUCAAUUUGUUCAGCCUUUAUGUUUUUCUUUCUUUCAUUCUUUCUUUUUUCUAGCUGUUCACCUUUCUUUCUUUUUUCUUUCUUCCUUUCAAGUUUUUCAGCUUUCUAUUUUUCUUUCUUUCAUUCUUUCUUUUUUAUGCUGCUCACCUUUCUUUCUUUCUUUCUUUCUUUCUUUCUUUCUUUCUUUCUUUCUUUCUUUCAAUUUGUUCAGCUUUCAUGUUUUUCUUUCUUCCAUUCUUUCUUUUUUCUAGCUGUUCACCUGCCUUUCUUUCUUUUUCUGCAGUGUUCUGUUUUUGAGUUUUUAUUUUGGCAUUCCUUCUUCCUCUUUAUACCUUCUCCCCACCUCCAUGAACGUGAUAUCAUUUUUGCCAUCAUCCAUUUUCUUAUUUAUUCCAAUUCCCGUUCGAUUAUUCUUCAAUUUAAUUCGCUCUCUUUCUUCUUUGACGUAAUUCUCUUUCACAUGAUUUUUCCCUCGCUUUCUUCUCCUUUAAACUUUCGUUUUUCCCUUAUUUUGCUUCUUUUUAAUAUCAUCUUCUCUCUCUCCUAUUUUCAUCUACUUUUUCUUCUCAUUAUCCUUUUCUGCUCACUUUAUUCAUUUUCUUGA